AUGUCUCUCAAAGGCCCAACCCCCCAGCAGCAUGACGGCUCCGGCCUGCGCAUCGGCAUCGUCCAUGCGCGCUGGAACUCGACCAUCAUCGAGCCCCUCGUCCAGGGCGCAAAGGCGAAGCUGCUCUCUUGCGGCGUCGAGGACUCGAACAUUGUCGUCCAGUCCUGCCCUGGUUCGUGGGAGCUGCCGCUCGCUGUGCAGCGCCUCUUCUCGGCCUCGCAGAUCCAGUCCACCUCCACCACCAGUGGGCCUUCCGCCACCGACCUCCUCGCCUCCUCGGCCUCCGACCUUGCCUCUCUUCCCAGCGGAAACACUGCCUCGUCCGGUGCCUUUGAUGCCAUCAUCGCGAUAGGCGUCCUGAUCAAGGGCGAGACGAUGCACUUCGAGUACAUUGCCGACGCCACCUCGCACGGCCUCAUGCGCAUUCAGCUCGACACGGGCGUGCCCGUCAUCUUUGGCGUCUUGACCGUCCUCAACGACGACCAGGCCAAGGCUCGCGCCGGCAUCGAUGGAAAGGGGCACAACCACGGUGAGGACUGGGGCCUCGCAGCCGUCGAGAUGGGCGUCAAAAGGAAGGAGUGGGCCGCUGGCCGGAUCGAGGGUUGA